AUGGGGCAGAAUCUUACUACAGCCCGCAAUAGCUCUAAAUUCCUAUUAUCAUCAAAAAAACGACUUUCAAUAUUCGCUUUUGUUAUCGUUGCUGGAUAUCUUAUUAAGCAAUAUGUCGCGGAAGAAAAGAGGAAAAAAGCGUCACAUGAGGCAUCUAAUUCUUCAUCUGGUCAAGACAAGGCCAGGCGGACAAAGAAGAUAGGUGUAGACGCGCGUUUUUUCGCACAGUUUAAAAGGUUUUCUGGCUUUAAUGGUCAUGUUGUUAAAGCAAUUGUAUCUCGUGACCGAAAAACAUUUAUUGCACUAGCUAUUGUUGAAUUUGGAUUCAUGAUGUGGCCAAUGAGCAUUGUAAAUAAUUCGUUGAAGCUUACUAUAAGUGCAUUAUCUUUGGCAUUCAGAGUUCGGCUUACGAAGUACGCAAAUAAGAAAUACUUAAAGGAUAUUGUGUUCUAUAAAAUUUCCAAUAUCGAUAAUCGGAUUCAAAAUGCAGAUCAAUUAUUGACUCAGUUCGCAGAGAACUUAAGCCAUUUAUAUUCAGAUUUGGCUAAACCGAUUGUUGAUAUGGUCUUAUUUGCUUACAAAUUAGGGGAAGCCAUUGGCAAAGAAGCGCCGAUUUAUAUGAUUGCAUAUUUCCUAGCCUCAGGUGUUCUCCUUCGUGCAAUUUCACCUCCAUUUGGCAAAUACACUGCUAUAGAGCAAAAACUUGAGGGUGAUUUUCGAUUUACACAUUCGCGUAUCAUUAAUUACUCGGAAGAAAUUGCUUUUUAUGGUGGUGGUGAACGGGAACAAAUAGUGGUCAAUGGAAGCUUUGAUAAAAUUGUGAAACAUAUUAAAAAAACAUAUCGUCUCCGGUUUAUGAACGGAAUCAUUGAUUCGGUUUUAGUUAAAUAUUGUGCAACGAUGACUGCUUAUUACUUAUUAGCAAGGCCUGUAUUUGACCCGCGAUAUGCUACCGAAUUUAUGGGUAAACUUGACGCCGAUCCAACAAAGAUUAUGGAAGAUUAUUCGAGAAAUUCCGGUUAUCUUGUGAACCUGUCCCAAGCUGUCGGAAGGUUAAUUUUAGCUGGACGUGAUUUGACCAGGUUUUCGGGGUAUACUGCUCGUGUGGCAGAAUUUUUGGAAGUACUAGACGAUGUUAAUAAUGGCAGGUAUGAACGCACCGUUGUUAACAAAGACACAAAUGAGGCCAACAUUAGUAAAGUCGUGAAACAAAGUGACCUUGAUGGCGAAAUCGUAGCACGCGAUGGUGUUAUUAUUUUUGAAAAAGUCCCGCUUGUAACGCCUAGUCAGGAUGUAUUGGUUCAUGAACUGUCUUUCAAAGUUGAAACAGGAAUGAACUGUCUUAUUUUUGGGCCCAAUGGAUGUGGAAAAAGUUCUUUAUUCCGCAUUCUCGGCGAAUUAUGGCCUUUGUUUGCUUCUAAAUUGUUUUAUAUACCUCAAAAACCGUACUUGGCACUUGGAACGUUCCGUGAUCAAAUUAUUUAUCCAGAUACUAAAAAUGUAGCUCGUUCUAAAGGGUUUGAAGAUAGCAAAUUAAUGGAAUUACUUGAUGUCGUUCAAUUGAGUAAUUUAAUUGCGCGAGAAGGUGGAUGGGACGCGGUUCGGGAUUGGGCCGAAGUUCUGUCUGGAGUGGCUAUGGCAAGGCUCUUUUAUCAUAAGCCUCAAUUUGCGAUCCUUGAUGAGUGUACGAGUGCCGUGAGUGUUGAUGUAGAAGGUGGUUAUGAAUUUAGAAGGUAA